AUGCCGUCGGCGGAGGAGACCGGAGGUGCUGUUCUUGAGGUCUUUUUCUUCCUCACUCACAUGGAGUUAACUCCUACUUCAAACAAUGCCAUCGUCAACAUGGAGAUGCACCUGGAACCAGUCUACCUCGGCGAGCCAACAAACAACACAGAACAACCAAUCAAACGCCGAAAGAAGAAAUCCAUGGUGUGGGAACACUUCACAAUCGAAACCGUCGGAUUAGGAUGCAGAAGAGCUUGCUGUAAACAAUGUAAACAAUCAUUCGCUUACAGCACAGGUUCCAAAGUCGCCGGCACCAGUCACCUCAAACGUCACAUCGCUAAAGGAAGUUGCCCAGUUGUUCUUCGUAAUCAGCUACAACAAGACUCAUCUUCUCCAUUCACUCCAAUUCAAAAGGUAACCCCCGAUUCCGCCAUUCCAACCACGAAUACACCUAAACGCCGUUACAGAACCACCACCAAUUUCCCUUUCGUUGGAUACGACGCUAACACCUGUCGCCAGGAGAUCGCCCGGAUGAUUAUUUUACACGAUUACCCUCUUCACAUCGUUGAACACCCUGGAUUCAUGGCUUUCAUUCGUAACCUUCAACCUCGUUUUGAAAUGGUGAAUUUUAACACUGUUCAAGGUGACUGUAUCGCAACAUAUCUUAGAGAGAAGCAACGGAUUCAUAAUCUGAUUGAAGGGAUGCCUGGUCGGAUUUGUCUCACACUUGAUCUCUGGAAUUCUUGCCAAACAACAGGUUAUGUUUUUGUAACGGGUCAAUUCGUUGAUAGUGAUUGGAAAAUCCACAGAAAGCUACUAAACGUUGUAAUGGAACCAUACCCGGAAUCUGAUUCCGCUUUCAGCCAUGCUGUGUCUUCUUGUCUAUCGGAUUGGAAUAUGGAAGGACGAUUGUUUUCACUGACAAUAAACCAGAGUUUGAGUGAAGUCGGAAUCGAGAGUCUCAAAAGUUUGCUUUCAGAGAAUGUCAACAUCCUCGGUGGUCAAUUGUUGCUUAAUCACUGUCUUGCUCGUUCUUUAACCGGAAUUGCAAUGGAAGCGCUCAAUUCCGGUCAUGAAGCUGUGAAAAAGGUGAGAAACUGUGUGAAGUAUGUGAAAACCAACGAGACUCUCGAAGAGAAAUUUCUCGAACUCAAACAACAACUACAAGUCUCGAGCACGAAAACUUUACAACUCGAUGAUCAAAAUCGAUGGAAUACAACUUACGAGAUGUUACAAACGGCAUCGGAAUUGAAAGAGGUGUUCUUCUUUUUAGACACCUCCGAUGCCGAUUACAGCAAAGCCCCAGCCCCGAAUGAAUGGAAUCACGUCGAGAAUCUUUGCACGUAUUUAAAACUUCUUUUCGAUACCGCAAAUCUGCUGACAUCAUCAACAAUUCCGACGACAAAUACGUUCUUCCACGAAGCAUGGAAGAUCCAGCUGGAAUUGGCACGUGGGGCGACCAGCGAAGACGUGUCCAUCAGCGGAAUCGCGAUUCCGAUGCGGGAGAGUUUCGAUAAGUAUUGGAAAAGUUGUUGUUUGAUUCUAGCGAUUGCGGUGGUGAUGGACCCGCGGUUUAAAAUGAAGCUUGUUGAGUUUAGUUUCACGAAGAUUUAUGGGGAGGAAGCGGUGACUUAUAUAAAUUUAGUGGAUGAAGGGAUACACCAGUUGUUUCUCGAGUAUGUUGCGCUUCCGGUGGCGGCAGGUGGUGGUGGUGUGGCGGCGGGGGGUGAUGGUGGUUUGGAUGUUGAGGGAGUUGGUAUGACGGAUUUUGAUAUGUAUAUAAUGGAGACGGCCAGUCAACAAUCGAAGUCGGAAUUGGAUCAGUAUUUGGAGGAAUCGCUGUUGCCGAGGGUGCAUGAGUUUGAUGUUGUCGGGUGGUGGAAAUUGAAUAAGGUGAAGUAUCCGACGCUUUCGAAGAUGGCGAGGGAUAUUUUGACGAUUCCGGUGUCGACGGUGAUUCCGGAGUCGGUUUUUGAAGUGGGGAGAAAUGAGAUGGAUCAGUAUCGGUGUUCAUUGAGGGCGGAAACGGUAGAGGCGAUUGUUUGUGCUAAGGAUUGGCUUCGGAAUGGGGGUGAGGGUGAUUCCGGGGAAUUGAUGAAGCCUUUGGUGAAGAUGGAAUUCCCGAUUUGAUUUGUGUGUGGUUUUGCAUUUUAGUUGUAGGUUUGGUUGUACACUUUGAAGUUAUUUGUUAGGGUAAUGGGAUGGAUGCGUAUUUUGGAGUUUAAUUUUCCUUGAGCCUACUAUUUUGUUUAUUUUUGGGGUGUUUUUUUUUUAACUUUUUGCCAUCAAAAGUCCUUUUUGCAAAAGGAUUUUUUGUAACUUUUCACAAAAGAUGGUUUUAAAAAUGUGUUUGGAU